AUGUCGCAGCGUGCAGUCGGCGCGUCGCCCAAUCGUGCGGCGGCACGCCGUCCCGGGCUGCCGCUUGCCGUGCCUCCGGCGCUCCGCCCAGUCAUCCGCGCCUACGUCCUGGGUUACGCAUCUGCCGUCGCGCCGCGACUGCUGACCCUCGCCGUCCAACAUGUUCUGAAGCUGAGGCGAAAUUCCGCGCAGCUCCUGCCUGCCGAUCCAGAAGAUGAGCCCACGUUCCUGGUUGGCGCUCGACAUAUCCUGCGAUCCGGGUUCGAUCCGCAGCGCUUCCCGACUUUUUGUGCAGUUCUCGUCGCCGGCACAUCUCUGUUACACAAACCCCUAGAUAAGGUCAUUGCCAGUCUGGGCGCAAAGCUGAGCGAAACUUCGCGGUUACGAUUGGCACGAUUCUUAUGCAGUUUCCUCGCUGGCUGGUUCGGUCUGAAGCUCUUACACUCCAAAGGCACGGCUCCUCGCCGCCACUCGACUGCCAGAAGGACCAAGCGAGAAGAAGAAGUACGCUGCAGACAGAUGGCCGGUCGCACUAUAGAUCUUACCCUCUUUGCUGCCACUCGCGCUGCCGACGUUAUUGUCGGCGAGCUCUGGGCGCAGCGCAGGUCUCGACGCCAGCUCGCCAACAAAUGGACCAAAGUCAGCCCCCCCCCCCAAUUCCCCGUCCUCUCUUACUUCCCGCCACAUUCUAACUCAACCACCGCACAGGCCGAAGCUUUUACCCAAUACAUGGCCGACCCGCUCGUCUUCGUCUCGUCGUGUGCCCUCAUCAUGUGGUCCUGGUUUUACUACCCGGACAGCCUGCCCCGUGGCUACCAGAAAUGGAUCACGUCGGCCGCACAGGUCGACACGCGCCUCAUCGAGGCUCUGCGCCGCUUCCACUUUGGCGCUCUCGUCUACGGCCGCGAGACGGGCCAGGCCGGCCUCGUUGGCGACAUGUGCGACGACUACGGCCUGCCCCGGCGCUGGGGCGACCCCGUCACCCAGAUCCCUCUGCCCUGCGAGAUUGUCCACAUGGGCUGUGGCCCCUCGUGCGAGUACCAUGCCCUCAGCCGCUUCGUCCGCUCUUGGAAGUGGUCCAUGUACACGUACCUGCCCCUCGCCCUCGCCCUACAGCUGCGUAAGACGUCCUCCAGCGCACCGGCCGCCCGCCGUGCCCUCCUCCACGCCCUCAGCUCCGCCGCCCGCUCCUCCGCAUUCCUCGCCUGCUACAUCACUCUCUUCUAUUACGGCGUCUGCCUCGCCCGUAGCCGCGUCGGCCCGCUGCUCCUGGGCACCAGCACGCCCACCCGCCAGCUGCUCGAUGCCAAGCUGUGCGUCGGCACCGGCUGCUUCCUCUGCGGCUGGAGCGUGCUCGUCGAGACGGCCGGCCGCCGCAAGGAUAUGGGCCUCUUUGUCGCCCCCCGCGCCCUCGGCACCCUCGUGCCCCGCCAGUACCCCAAGGAGAAGCAGUGGCGCGAGACGCUGGUGUUUGCGGCCAGCACGGCCGUCGUGUUUACAUGCGUACUGGAGAACCCGCGCCGCGUGCGUGGUGUGCUUGGCGGCGUGCUCGGCUACGUCCUCAAGGAGUAA